GUUACUGCUGCGGUCACCUGCUGUUGUAGCUGCAGACACGACCUAUAGUCAGUGGUGGCCCUAAUCACCCUGCAAAAACUGCACUCCACCUGUCCAGGGGCAGGACAACGACUGGCGUACACGGCAGAGUGCAUACUUUACGGAGUGUGGUGCUGAUGUGAUGUUGGAGGAUCAGGCUGUGGUGCAUGGAGCCUCCCAUGGCUGUUAGCACCAUGGACUCUGAGUCAGCCCGGACACCUCAGCCCCAGGCUGCCCUGACUAAAGGAGGCCACUCCCUGCUGCAUGCUGGGGCUUUAAGUGCCAUGUUGGGCCCUCAAGGGAAGCACUAUGUCUGUGGCUCCAUUGCAGCUUUUACCAAUAUCGUGGUGACCUUCCCUAUCCAGAAGGUGCUGUUCCGCCAGCAGCUGCAUGGUGUGUUGGCCACUGAGGCGGUGCGGCAGCUUCAAAGGGAUGGGCUGAGGAAUCUUUACCGGGGCCUGUUGCCGCCGCUGCUCCAGAAGAGCACUACAGUCGCCAUUAUGUUUGGCCUGUACGAGGACUUCUCCAGAGUCUUAUUGGACCUGGCUGAUAGCAGUGGUGUGCCGGAGUUGGUUACACGGAGCUUUGCUGCAGCAUUGGCAGGAACUGCAGAGGCCAUCCUGACGCCGUUUGAGCGCGUGCAGACUCUCCUACAAGACCAUCGGCACCACGCCCGCUUCAACAACACGGCCCACACCUUCCGGACACUUCUGACUGAGUAUGGUGUCAGAGAGUGUUACCGUGGCCUUGUGCCUAUACUACUCCGCAAUGGCCCUAGCAAUGUGCUCUUUUUCGGGCUCCGGGGGCCCAUUAAGGAGCAGCUCCCAGAAGCCACUAGUCGGGCAGGUCACUUGGUGAAUGAUUUUGUGUGUGGAGGGGUGUUGGGCGCAGCCCUUGGCAUUAUGUUCUAUCCAUUAAAUGUGGUAAAGUCUCGUGCUCAGUCACAGGUUGGUGGGGCCUUCCAGCCUUGUGGGAAGGUGCUGCUAACAGUGUGGAGAGAGAGGGGUGGCAGCUUGGCUAUGCUCUUCAGAGGGGCCCACCUCAACUACCACCGUUCACUCCUCUCCUGGGGGAUCAUCAAUGCCACCUACGAGCUGCUGCUGAAGCUCAUAUGAAGAGGGGGUGACAAAAAGAAAGAAAGAGAGAGAAAAUAUUUAAAGGGAAAAACCUGUAAGGAGUAAUAGAGCCAGUUUGUAGAGAAGAAGGGUAAUUGUAAAGUAAAGCCGAUGCACUUGCUGUCUGGCAUUGUUUGGAGUUUCCAUAACUGAAAGACAGCAAUGAAGUUGCACUUCUGACAGGGGCCAACAGUCAUUGUGAGAUAACCACCUGCCAUUGUGACUAUUUACUGUUGUCAGAGUAUUAAAAACUAAACACACGCUUUAGCCUAUACAAAACUUGUGCCAGGGUCCAAUUCAAAUGCCCUUGUUUGCUCUGUGUACAAAAAUUUUGUGGAGCGAACUCCAGCGCUUUUUUUCACAGUUUCAAGCAAAGCUUACUUGACUGGAUAAACUGUUUUAUAGGAGAAGCUGUUUCUUUCUAUGUGCUGUGUGCUGUGCUGUUUUGUAGACAAUAUCCAUCUGUUUUUGUUUUUUUCUUUUUGACCUAGAGCACUUUGUCUGUGAAGCUGAAUUCUGCCAUUUAACUCAAACACUUUUGUGCUUUUGACCAUUGAAAUACCCCAAGAAUUACUGUCAAAAAGAAUGUAAUAAACUGUGUGAGCGUUGGCCCUUUUAUUUCUCGUUAUACUCACUCUCCACCAAUUCAGAGUACAUGUCGAGGAGAUCAGGAGGCUAAGAAAUUGCUAAAAUGAGUAUCAGAGAUAUACAUAUUCUUGGACAUACUGUCCAGCAGACACAGGCAGGCUAUUUUAAAACCAUUUCAACUUUCACACAUAAUUCAUCUAUGUGAACUGCGUAGUCAAGCGUUGUUUGUCUUGAUUUAUUUUCUGAAGUGCUAGUGGCAGGUUGUGUCUGUUAUUUGAGUGUUGACAAGUGCCCAUUGAUGUAUUAUGUCAGUAAAACAUACAGUUACACCCA